UGCCAGCCAGUUCAAGUAGUUGUUAAACCAUGCCGAGGCAAUGUGACAACGCAGGAUGAGACAGAGUCCCUACCAGCGGUCAUCGACACCUCUACAAGCCUAUCGGCUGUAGAUAUGUCCUUUGCAGCAGGAGGAGAAGAAGAUCUUCCAUCCCCGUUUGCUGACAUUCCUGCCCUAGUACAUGACCACAGCUACCUUCCCAUCCGCUUCGAUGGUCUUGUGGACAACGCUCUUGUGUACAUUUCCGGACUUGGUGUGCGAAGGGCUCUGAAGAAGCUGUCCUGUGAUGUCUGCCGUGCCAGCCUGGUGACAGAGGCUGCAUCUGCCAUCAAGGACCAGAGCUACCACCUGUUGUCUUUAAGAAACAAUGGAGGCCUGGUGAUUCCAUCAGAGGGCACAGUGAAGGUCGUCAGGGCAGCAGAGUGGGUCAUUCGCCAGGCGUCAUCGAGUUUCGGACGAUCACGGCCCAUCAAACUGCUGGAGGUCAUGUACAUUGUACGGAAGAGGAUCGGGUCAGAGGAUGUGUUUGUGCUUGGGGAGCACAUCGUCGACACGCAGUAUGGCAUAGACAGCCACCACCAAACGCUGCUGACAUUAGUUGUUUCAGUGUUUUUUAAAAUAAGGCUACACCACAUCGCUAAAAUUACUACACUGAACUUACAGAGCAACAACAUGCGACAGCAGCUGAAUAAAACAGUCCUUUUCAAAGGGCAUUAGCCAAAUGUUACCACGGUUUUACCACGUCUCAGUCAGACAGGAAAUAGAAAAAAUAAUGUUCACAAACUUGAUGCGACUCACCUAAGAAUCACCAUUAUCAUAUCAUAUCAGCGUUUUAGGCAUAUAUCACCAGCCUCUUCAGAGGUUAGUAAAUAUUAUAGAUUUUCAAUUGAUUUCACUGUUUUUUUUGUAAUUUGUUAUGUCGGUCCUCCAUCUGUAUACCUCCGAAGUAGUCUAGUUCUCUCUAGAGGGUGGGAAUAUUCAACAUGCAGCAUUUCUUUAUGUAUAUUUGUAAAUGGAAAUCUUACACCUUUUUUUUACUGCAAAUAAAUGUCACUUUUAUAAAAAGAAUGUUACUAAUAUAAUACAAUAAUUUGAAUUAUUACUUGUUUAAACUAAACAUGUGAUAAUUCAAAUUAUUGUAUUAUAUUAGUAAUAUUGCUAUUAUAAACGUAUACAUAUAUCUCAUGUUGCCAUUGUGUAUGUUGAGUUUAAGUAGCCUAUAUAUUGAUUUAACAUAAAAACCUUGUGCAUGUGUGUA